AUGCUUCCAACCAUACUAUACUCGGCCAUCCUGGCGCUGAGCGCCCUCACGCCCUCAGCCCUUGCUGAAACUCGCUCUUCUGGCUGUGGCAAGCACCCGAGCCUCGCCAACGGGGUCAUCCACCUCAAUGGCCGAGAGUAUAUACUCAAGCUCCCCGACCGCUAUGAUAACAACCACGCAUACCACCUUGUCUUUGGCCUGCACUGGCGCGGUGGCAACAUGCAGAACGUUGCCAACGGCGAAAGUAUCCAGCCCUGGUACGGUCUUGAGACGCGCGCCCAGGGCAGCACGAUCUUCAUUGCCCCCAACGGCAAGAAUGCCGGCUGGGCGAACAACGGCGGCGAGGAUGUCGCCUUCAUCGAUGCCAUCAUCAAGCAAGUCGAGGCGGACCUCUGCGUGGACCAGAGCUCUCGCUUUGCCACGGGAUUCAGCUGGGGCGGCGGCAUGUCAUACUCGCUAGCUUGCUCGCGCGCGAAACAGUUCAAGGCUGUCUCGGUUCUGAGCGGCGGCGUGAUCAGUGGUUGUGAUGGUGGGCAUGACCCUAUUGCCUACCUCGGCAUCCACGGUAUCAAUGAUGGCGUGCUGCCCUUCAAUGGGGGCGUCGGCCUCGCGCAGAAGUUUGUGCAGAACAAUGGAUGCCAGCAAGCCAACAUUGGCGCACCGCCGUCUGGCAGCAAGAGCUCGGUGCGCACCGAUUUCAAGGGCUGUUCGAAGCCGGUUUCUUUCAUCGCCUAUGACGGCGGUCAUGAUAGUGCUCCUCUUGGUGUGGGCAGUUCUCUGGCUCCUGAUGCCACCUGGAAAUUCUUCAUGGCUGCUUAG